AUGAGCUUCUCCCACGUCCUGCCCUUUUUCUUUGCCAUUCAUAAGAUCAACCAGAAUCCAAGGCUCUUACCCAACAUCACCCUGGGCUACAACAUCUAUGAGAACUUUUUCAAUGCAAGAAUGACAUACGAGGCCAUGAUUGAGUUGCUGUCUACAGGACAGGAGAAUAUCCCAAACUACAAUUGUGGAAGACCAAAAGGUCUAUUGGCAGUGCUUGAGGGGACUGAUUCUGAGCUGUUUCAUCAUGUUACAACCAUGUUGCGCAUCUACAAAAUCCCACAGCUUCACCUUUUUCUAAGAAACUUCCAGCCUUACAAUCUUUCAGUAGGUGAUGUCUAUUUGGAUGAGAAUGGAGAUCCUGCUGCUGACUUUGUUAUCAUGGACUGGGCAGUAUUUCCCAACAAAUCUGCUGCUGGAGUGAAAAUUGGGCAUAUAGAACGAAAGGACUUUUUAGAAGUCAAGCUCUCCAUUGAUCAGAGUGCCAUCAUAUGGCCGACUUCAUUUAACCAGAAAAUGCCUUUUUCAAGAUGUACUGAAAGUUGUCUCCCAGGAUACACCAAGCUCAUGAGAGAGGGGGCACCGGUUUGCUGCUAUGACUGCUCUCCAUGCAUGGAAGGAACAGUCUCCACGCAGGAAGAUGCAGCCCAUUGUGAGAAGUGCCCAGAUGACCAGCAUUCCAGUAAGAAACGAGAUCAAUGUGUCCCCAAGAUUAUAAGUUUCUUAUCUUACCAAGAAACGUUGGGUCUCAUCCUGACUCUCUUUGCACUUGGGUUGUCCCUAACCACUGCCAUUGUUUUGGGGAUCUUCAUGAAAUACCGAGAAACUCCCAUAGUCAAAGCCAACAACCGGGACCUCACCUACAUCCUACUGGACUCCCUCUUGCUUUCCUUCUUGACUUCCCUGCUGUUCAUAGGUCGCCCCAGGAAAGUGACCUGCCUCCUCCGACAAAGCACCUUCAGUGUUGUUUUCUCAGUUGCCGUAUCCUGCUUGCUGGCCAAGACAGUCAUGGUGGUGGUGGCCUUUCUGGCCACAAAGCCAGGGAGCAGGAUGAGGAAAUGGCUGGGGAAGACUCUGGCCAACUCCAUCAUCUUGUCCUGCUCUGGGGUUCAGGUUGGCAUCUGUAUCAUAUGGCUGGGAAUCUCUCCCCCAUUCCCAGAUGCCAAUCUGCAUUACCACUCAGGACAGAUCCUGCUGCAAUGCAAUGAAGGCUCAGUCACCAUGUUCUACACUGCCCUCAGUUACAUGGGCUUUCUGGCUGCCAUCUGCUUCUUGGUGGCUUUCCUAGCCCGCAAACUGCCAGGGAGCUUCAAUGAAGCCAAGUUGAUCACCUUCAGCAUGUUGGUUUUCUGCAGUGUUUGGGUCUCCUUUGUCCCCACCUACCUGAGCACUAAAGGGAAAUACAUGGUGGCUGUGCAGAUCUUCUCCAUCCAGGCCUCCAGCCUGGGCUUACUGGGCUGCAUCUUUAUCCCCAAAUGCUACAUCAUCAUCCUGAAACCUUACCUGAACACCAAGGAGCAUCUGAUGAUGAAAAACAAUGAGAGGUCCUGA